GCUUCGACCAGCGCAGAUCCGGGCUCCAACAGUCUGCAAUUUAAUCCGCCUCCUGCGCGCGUUCUUUUGCCUCUCUCCUCUACUGCGGCCUUCGCACCACCAUCACUUGCCUCCCUCUGCAGUCGACCUUUCAUUCUCUAUUUGCUUUGUUGUUGCAAGCAAGCAAGCAAGCAGAAUGUACGCCUCCGACACUGCCCGAUGGCGAAUCACAACAAUCUAACAGGCGCAACAGGAACUCCACCGCCUUCCUGACGCCCAUGGCGCAGGACACGUACUGGGGCUCGUUCGAAGAGAUCUCCAAGUACAAUGUCUCACUCAGCUACUUCGAGAAGAUGUGGCUGGCUUGGUACACAUGGAUGGGCAACGAUGUCUUGGCCACUGGUAUCAUGUCUUUCGCGAUCCACGAAUGCCUCUACUUUGGGCGUUCGCUGCCAUGGAUCAUCAUCGACGCACUUCCUAUGUUCAGGAAGUACAAGAUCCAGCAGGACAAGAUCCCCACCGCCUGGGAGCAGACUCAAUGCGCACUUCUCGUCCUCCUGUCCCACUUCACCGUCGAGCUUCCCCAGAUCUGGUUGUUCCACCCCAUGUGCCAGUACUUCGGCCUCGAGACCAGCGUUCCGUUCCCUCCUCUGUACAAGAUGGCCUACCAGAUCGCCAUCUUCUUCGUCAUGGAGGACACAUGGCACUACUGGGCCCAUCGCCUGAUGCACGCCAGCUCCUUCCUCUACAAGAACGUCCACAAGAUCCACCACCAGUACUCCGCUCCCUUUGGUUUGGCUGCUGAGUACGCAUCUCCCAUCGAAGUCAUGGUCCUUGGUUUCGGUAGUGUUGGCCCCCCAAUCAUCUGGUGUGCCUUUACCAAGGAUCUCCACAUCCUCACAAUGUACUGCUGGAUCGUCCUCCGCCUGUUCCAGGCCAUUGAUGCGCACAGCGGCUACGAGUUCCCCUGGAGCCUGCACCACUUCCUUCCUUUCUGGGCUGGCGCUGAGCACCACGACGUUCACCACGAGAAGUUCAUUGGCAACUACGCCAGCAGCUUCAGGUGGUGGGAUUUCUGCCUCGACACCGAGGCUGGUGCCGAGGCCUCCAAGGCCAGGAGGGAGAAGAAGCUGGCCAAGGCCAAGGCAUUGGCGAGGAAGGCUCAGUAAAUCAAACCUUUCGGAUCGUGGACGAAGCUAUGGAAUUUGUUGUUUAUUCUGAUGAGGACGAUUUCAUGAUGGUUUUAGCCAUCUCCGGCUGGAGCCACCACUUUAAGCGGCGAUUUGCUGCCGACAUGGGACAUGGCGUUUGGGUAAGAAGGCAGCGAUGCAUGUGCCACUGGGUGGCAACACUAGAAAGAUACAGACCCUCAGUAAUGGCAGCUGUAAAUACGUGGGAAGACAGGGUCUUAUAGAAACACCAGCACCUAUCUAAUAUCACGAUCGUUACAAGUUCAAA